CUCUGUCUACUAUUAAAAAAAAGAAAACAAAAAGAAAACAAAAACCCUCCUCUCUUCUCUCAAAUCAAACCUAUCAAUCAACAAUGGCAGCAGCAGCGGCAAGACCUUUAGUUUCGAUCCAGAACUUGGAUGGAGACAUGUCUACCGAUGGAGGAAACACACUUCCAUUACCAGAUGUAAUGAAAGCAUCAAUCCGUCCAGAUAUCGUCAAGUUUGUUCACGCCAACAUGUCGAAAAACAGUCGUCAACCAUACGCAGUUAGUCGCAAAGCAGGUCAUCAAACAUCAGCUCAAUCAUGGGGAACUGGUCGUGCUGUUUCUCGUAUUCCUCGUGUACCUGGUGGUGGUACUCAUCGUGCUGGUCAAGGAGCUUUUGGUAACAUGUGUAGAGGCGGUAGGAUGUUUGCUCCUACACGAAUCUGGAGAAGAUGGCAUCGUAAGAUCAAUGUUAAUCAGAAGAGGUAUGCUAUUGUUUCAGCUUUGUCUGCUUCUGCUGUUCCUUCAAUCGUUUUAGCUCGUGGUCACACUAUUGAAGGUGUACCUGAACUGCCUUUAGUUGUUAAUGAUUCCAUCGAAGGUGUUGAAAAAACUAAUGCUGCUAUUAAGGUUUUGAAACAACUUGGUGCUUAUGCUGAUGCUGAAAAGGUUAAGGACAGUGAGAAGAUCAGACCAGGUAAAGGUAAAAUGAGGAACCGACGUUAUGUUUCUAAGAAAGGUCCUUUGAUUGUUUAUGGUACUCAAGGAACCAAGAUCGCAAAAGCAUUUAGAAACAUUCCUGGUGUUGAGCUUGCCAAUGUGGAGAGACUUAACUUGCUGAAACUUGCACCUGGUGGUCAUCUUGGUAGGUUUAUUAUUUGGACUAAAUCAGCGUUUGAGAAAUUGGAUUCGAUCUAUGGGUCUUUUGAGAAAUCUAGUGAGAAGAAGAAAGGAUAUGUUUUACCUAGAUCAAAGAUGGUUAAUGCUGAUCUUGCUAGAAUUAUUAACUCUGAUGAAGUCCAGUCUGUUGUAAGACCUAUUAAGAAGGAUUCAAAGAGAGCACCAAUGAAGAAGAAUCCUUUGAAGAAUUUGAACACUCUUUUGAGAUUGAAUCCGUAUGCUAAGACUGCUAGGAGGAUGGCUCUUCUUGCUGAAGCUCAACGUGUUAAAGCUAAGAAGGAGAAGCUUGAGAAGAAGAGGACCAACAUUUCCAAGGAGUCUGCUGCAAUCAGGGCUGCAGGAAAGGCGUGGUACCAAACUAUGAUCUCAGACAGUGAUUACACCGAAUUUGAUGUUUUCCAGAAGUGGCUUGGAGUGUCUCAGUGAUUCUCUUGCAGUUUCAUGAUUCUUGGAUAGGGGAUUUUCCUCAACACUUGCAUUUCCUGUUGAACUAAUUUUGUUUUAUUUUUAACUGGUAUUGUAUUAAGUGAAAGAGAAUCCAACUUCUCUGUGCUUAAGCUAGCUAAGGAUGGGUCUAGGUUUAAUAGAGGAGAGAAGGCAGGCCCUUUUUUUUUUUUACAUAGAACAGAGGGGUUUCCUAAUACUUCAAUUUAGAUUUAGUCAGUAAUUUCUUCUGGAUAAAAAGUCUUCUUCAGAUCUGUUGAAGGAGGAACUGGUUUUAUGUUCUUUUUUUAUAUCUGUGAUUAAUGAUGGAGUUUUGUUUGAUCGAGCA